CGAAGAACCGUAGCCGCGCCCAGCCAUACCGAGCGACGCGUCUCCUUCUUCCCUCCCAGCGACACCGAAAACUCGGAAAUCGCAUUAACCCGGAGACACCGCCCGGCGCUUGCUCGUGCUCUGAUCAGGGGGCCCCUCCGUCGGAGCCGGAGAUGGCGGCCGUCAGGACGACGACGGCCAUGGUCCUCCGGGAAAUGUUCGCCCCGUUGCCGGCCAUCUGGAGGAUUCGCCCUCCCCUGCCGCGCCUCGGCGCCGCGCCGCCGCCCGCGCAGCGAGGGAUCAGCUUCACCCCGAUACGAUGCGCCGCGCAGGGAGGCGCCGGGGAGAAGAAGGCCCCGUCGCGGCUCGCGCAGGUCCAGCAGCUCCUGCAGGAGGCCGAGGAGCGAGCUCUCUCCGCCGCCGGCGAGUCGACCCCGAAGAUAACGCUCGACCAUGUCACUGUGAGUUUUGCAAGAAGUGGUGGUCCAGGAGGUCAAAAUGUGAACAAAGUGAACACUAAGGUAGACAUGCGCUUCAAUGUGAAUAAUGCAUAUUGGCUAAGUGACAGGAUCAGGGAGAGGAUAAUGCAAAUGGAAAAGAAUCGGAUCAAUAAGGAUGGUGAAAUUGUGAUCUCUUCAACGAAAACUAGAACUCAGAAGGGGAACAUUGAUGACGCACUAGGAAAGCUACAGGCAAUUAUUGAUGCUGCUUCAUACGUCCCACCACCUCCUUCAGAAGAGCAGAAGAAAAAGAUUGCCAAGAUGGCUGCUAUUGGAGAGCAGAAACGCUUGAAGAGUAAGAAGGCGCUCUCAGAUAAAAAGGCAUUUCGCAGAAGUAGAGACGGCUGGGAUUGACACAAAAAGUCCCCGAUGUAGCUGUUAGUCUAAAAUUGAUGGACAGAAUCCCCCUUUGAUUCAUCAACAUUCUUAUUGACCAUCCGAGAAUAGAAGCAAUGAAUAUUUCAUGCAGCAUUGACUAGCAAGUACCAUAUAUGGUAACUUCUUGGAGAUAAAGAAUCAGAGCUGCAGAUCAUUCAACUAGGUCAUGCUUACACCUUCGAUGAUCAAGCUGCUGGAAGAAGUCUUACUUCUCAUAGACAUACACAUUUCUUCGUUGUUGCGUGUGAAAUUUCGAUGGGGCUACUUCAUAUACAUAGUCAGCAGAGAUUACUCGAGACUUUAUGUUGAAACUUCUGUUCGGGUGAUCAAUGUAUAAUUCAGUCUGGAUCUUUCCAUUUUAUCAGUAUGAUGCUCGGGCUA